AUGGUGCUCUCUAUCUUCAAGUACCUGCUGACAGGUUGGCUCGUAUUCAAUGGGGUCUCCUCCGUACAGGCAGAAAACUCAACAUUUUACAACCCUAUCUUGCCUGGAUGGCACUCCGACCCUUCUUGUGUGCAGGUUGAUGGAAUAUUCUACUGCAUUACUUCCAGCUUUAUUACCUUUCCGGGCCUUCCAAUCUACGCAUCGAAGGACUUGACCAACUGGAAACUGAUCAGCCAUGCGUGGAACCGAGAAGCUCAAAUGCCCGGGGCAAGUCAACAGACAAAGGGCCAACAAGAAGGGUUCUAUGCGGCCACCAUCAGACAUCACGAUGGACAGUUUUGGGUCAUAUGUGAAUAUCUUGGCUUGCCUGAUGGCAUGUUGGGGACAAUUUUCAAGACAAUUGAUCCGUACGACAACACGGCCUGGGCAGACCCUAUCACGUUUCCCACACCGGCCGGAGAUCUAGAUCUUUUCUGGGACGAUGACGGCAAGCUUUACAUUCCAGGCGGAGGCCAAGGCACCGUGCUUCUUGAUGUCGAUCUUGAAAGUGGCACAGUCCUCAACAACACUUUCCUUUGGUCAGGAACUGGAGGUGUGUGGCCAGAAGGUCCGCACAUAUAUCGCAAAGACAAAUUCUACUACUUGUCAAUGGCCGAGGGGGGGACUGAGACUGGGCACUAUCAAGUCAUGGCGAGAUCUGCUGAUCUCACUGGUCCAUAUACACCAUGCCCCAACAAUCCAGUGCUCACGAAUAAGGAUACAGAUGAGUACUUCCAGACGGUUGGCCACGCAGACCUGUUUCAAGACACCAAUGACAACUGGUGGGGUGUCGCGUUGUCCACGCGUUCGGGACCAGAGUGGUCCAUCUAUCCCAUGGGACGAGAAACUGUCCUGUUUCCAGUAACCUGGGAGCAGGGCGAGUGGCCAAUUUUGGAGCUAGUCAGAGGCAAGAUCUCUGGCUGGCAACUGCCCCCAUCUACUCGAGACCUCCCUGGUCAUGGCCCGUUCAACUCUGAUCCCGACGUAUAUCAGUUCACAACAAUGAGCGAGAUACCACGGAACCUCAUUUAUUGGAGGGUCCCACGGCAGGGAGCGUUUGAGAUCGCGGACUUGAAAGGCAUGCAUAUUGUGCCUAGUCGAGGUAACCUCACUGGCGACAAUGCAGAGCUCGAUGGCCGAUCUGGACUGUCCUUCAUCGGACGGCCACAGACCGAUUCUCUGUUCAACUUCAAUGUGACCCUAGACGUCCCUCUCGAUGAAGCUGAUCUGGAAGUAGGAGUCACUCUUUUCUUGACGCAACAUAAUCACGCCGAUCUCGGCGUAGUAGCACAACCCAAGGCCGAUGGCGCCGAAGGCACUGAUCGCUUCUUGCGUUUCAGGGCCACAGGAAACGAUGCCCCUGAAGAAUAUGUCGAGAGGUUUCCCGAAACUUGGAAGGUAGAUCUCAUUCAACUUGAGAUUUCUACACCAAAUGCAACACAUUACACUCUUACCGCAUAUUCAGCUGCAGAGCCCGAAAACAAGAUCGUAAUGGCUACCGUGUCGGCGAAGUUGGUCAGCGGUCAAAGUGGUCCAUUUACUGGGGCCCUUCUUGGCGUCUAUGCAACUUGCAAUGGAGCUGGAACGGGACUUGAAUGCCCUUCAGGAGGUGGCGUCUACGUGAGAGAGUGGAUGUACACAGGCAAGGGCCAGUACUACACUGCCGAUGACCUCAGAUCUUAG